UGGAGGUGCACGAUGGAUUGACUCAUAUCGUGUUUGCUUUACGCCAAGAGAUUGAUCAUAAGAUGUCACUUGAUUUUGAAUUAACGCUCAAGCAUCAAAUUGAAGCCGAAUUCAAAAAAGAGAAAGAAGAUGCUAUUAAUAUGGUACUGAAGCUUAGAAGAGACCACUAUCAGAAAUACGGAUUUCAAUACGAACGAGAAGAAUACAUAUUUGCGCAUUUUCUCAUCACCGUCAUUUAUAACUUUCGUGACAAAUUUUUAAAAAUUUAUUAUAAAAGUUAUGAUGAUAUUAAAAAAGGAAAGCAACCACUUUUAUUCCAAGAUGAAACAAAACUUGAGCUUAUAAACAAUUGGAACAUUAUAUAUAACAACAUGAAGUGCUCAAUUCAACCUAAAGCGCUAGAAAACAAAGAGUUUGGAAAAGAAAUUACAGAAAAAGACUAUCAGCAGCUGCUUGAUGCGGAAUAUUCUGAGGAUUUUCGAAAAUUGUUAGAAGUGUUAAGAGAUGAUUCAAGCCAAUCGGAAUCUUCUAAACAACUCACAGAAUUGCGCGAAUUUUUUAUUGAUAUUUUUGACAAUUCGUAUUCAGCUUUGUAUUCUUUGUCGCUAUGGUAUCGUGUCUCUGGUGAAGAUGAAAGCACUCCAAAAAAGCUCCUAAAUGGAAGUUAUAAUUAUAAUUUGGUAGAGUUGUUUGGAUUAGAACCUGUGGUAAUGUCUUAUGAAAAUACGUGGAAUGAUGAUAGGGAAAAAUUCAAAAAAAUUUUGUUGCGGUAUUUAUCGGAAAAGGAAGUGAAAAAUGUAUUUAAAUCUUUAGAAGCUUUAGAUAAUUUGAAUAAAGGAGAAGAGAAUAAUGAUCCUGAAUUUCUGGAG